AUGUCAGCGGGAUAGCGCCCCGUCGUAUUUCGCGGUUUGCCAGUGUUUUCUGUAUGAUGUAGCCAGUUCUGAUGAGUGGUGGACGAGUGGUGACAGUGCGGAGGCCGUGCCAUGUCAGUGGCGGACAGCGGCGUCGUGUGCGACCACCGGAAAACCGCCAAUUGCGAGGACAGCACCGACAGCGACAAUGAAACGGAGAAAAAAGCGCUGCUCCGCAGGAUAUCAACCAGCAAAUGCAUCGGGAGACUGCCGGUGGUCCGCGAGGGUUUCCUGAUGAAGCAGACGCGCAGCUUCCAGCGAUGGCAGCGCCGCUACUUCAAGCUGCGCGGCCGCACGCUGUACUACGCCAAGGAGAAAGACAGCCAGCUGUGGGACGAGUUCGAGCUAGAGGAGGCCACCUUCGCGGAGUGCAGCAACAGCAACGCCAACCACAGCUUCCAGGUUAUAACAGCCCGUCGCUGCCUCGUCCUGGCGGCGGAGACGCGCGGCGAGAUGGAGGCGUGGGCGACGGCGCUGCGCGGCGCGCUGCACCGCGGCGCCGAUGUCGCCGACCUCGUCGCCAGCCUGUCCUCCGGUGACCAUCAGUGGUAUGCGGCGACGCACGCGCGGCCGACGUUCUGCAACGUGUGCCGCGAGCCGCUGGGCGCGCUCGGCACGUCGCACGCGCUCGCCUGCGAGCUCUGCAAGUACAAGGCGCACAAGCGGUGUGCUGCGCGCGCGCCGCCGUCAUGCAAGUGGAGCACGCUCGCCUCACUCGGCCCGCAUCUCGUGGAGGAUCCUGACGGGAACAUAAUAAUGCCUCACCAGUGGCUGGAGGGCAACCUACCUGUGGCGGCCAAGUGCGACGUGUGCGACAAGACCUGCGGCUCCGUGCUCAGACUGCAAGACUUCCGGUGCAUAUGGUGUCGGAAGUGCGUGCACGCGGGCUGCCGGCCGACAUGGCGGGCGGCGUGCGGGCUCGGCCCGGCGCGCGCGUCCGUCGUGCCCCCCACGCGCCUGCACUCCGUCGGGCCCGACGACGGCUGGCUGCCCGACAGGCCGCCCAACGCAUCUCCGCUCAUCGUCUUCGUGAACUCACGUUCAGGUGACAACCAGGGUGUGAAAUUUCUCCGUCGCUUCAAGCAGCUGCUCAACCCGGCGCAGGUGUUCGAGCUGAGCGGGGCGGGGCCGCGGCUCGGGCUGCGCCUGUUCCGGCACUUCGCCCCCCUGCGCGUGCUGGUGUGCAGCGGCGAUGGCUCCGUCGGCUGGGUGCUCCAGGAGGUGGAUAAGCUGGAGAUGCAUAAGCAAGUCCAAACAGCUGUUCUACCUCUGGGCACGGGCAACGACCUGGCGCGCGUGCUGGGCUGGGGCGCCUCCUGCGACGAUGCCGCCAACCUGCAGCAGCUGCUGGAGCGCUACGAGCGAGCCUCCACCAAGAUGCUGGACAGGUGGUCGAUAAUGACGUUCGAGCGGACCCUGUCGGCGCCGCCGCCUCCGCCCGCGCCGCCCGACCUCCUCGAGGAGACCGCGCUGCUGAAAAGCUUGCAGGAGAUUGUACAGAGCGGCGAGUGCGGGGAGUGUCCCGGCGGGGGCGGCGCGAGGGGCGGGGAGGCGCGCGCGGCGCUGCACGCGGGCUGCACACGGCUGGCGGCGGCGGGCGAGCGCGCGGGGGGCGGGGCCGCGCGCGCCGCACACCGCCUGCGCCGCGCGCUGUCGCUGCUGCUGCACGCGCGCGCGCACCUCGCGCACGACCACGCGCGCUGCCCGACAUGGGAGCCGCUCGACACGAGCGACAGCGAUCCGGAGACGCAGCCUGUCGCCGAAAAGGGCAGCAUUGAAAAGACUGAAAAGGAGCAGUUGAACUGGGCAGCGCGGGAGUGCGCGCUGGCGGGCCGCGCGGAUAGCGUGCGGCGCGCGCUGCGCUCGCUCGUGCGUACGCUCACACUGCUCUACCCACAGGGUGUGGCGCCAGACGCGGCGGUGGCGGAGGCGGGCGCGGAGGCGGACACGCUGAAGCUAGCGGCGAGUGCUGCGGGCGCGACGCUGCCCGUGCCGCGCGCCUUCGCCGACAGCCGCCGAUCCUCCGCCGCGUCCGCCGUCUCUGCUGCGUCUAUGCAGCCUGAUAACAUUCCAGAUGUAGAUGAAGACAUAGCUAAGUUAAUAAGUACCAACCCGGACCAGAGCAGUUUGGGGGUGGAGAAGCGCGAGCUGAGCACGCCCGCGCCGCUCCUGUCCGUGUCCAACGUGUCCGACACCGGAUCCUGCGGGACCCCGCGCCCCGACAGCACCCUCACCAUCCCCAACCUCGUGGUCUCGGAUAGCGAUAAGCAAUCGAUACAGGGAGAAACCUACGAAUCGGACCAAUUGACCAUAAUAGACAUCGACCGACCGUACACCGACGAGAUCCACUUCCGCACGCUCGACGCCCCCCUAUCCGGCGAGGGCACCCCUAGGAAACUGUCCAGCGUCGACCUCGAGGUGGCCGCCUCCAGCUCCGAGGGCUCCGACAUCAGCGAUGACUACAGCCUCGUCUCCGAGAUCAUCGACGCCAAGCCCGAGGACAUCGAGGGAGGGAUCGGCCACAUCGACUCUCCCGAGCUCUCCGACACGUACGUCAACUCUGAGACUAUACACGGCGAGUCCAUGAUGGACGACAUCAGCUCCAUGCUCGGCCAGGACGUGCUGAUGGCGAUGAUGGGGAAGAAUGGCGAGAACGAGACUUACACCGACGACACGACGUUAUUCACGUCAGAUACGGUAUCGGAUCUGCCGCUCGACAGCCGACAUCCGAGCCUCGAGAGGAAGAGCGACGCGAAGUUUCGACACAUGUCGAAGAGGAAAAAGCCUGUGGAAGCCGACGAAAAGUUUGGAUAUGAGAAUCGCGUGUUCUACAUCGAGAAUGCGGCCAAGGCUGAAGAGCAGAUCAGGUACUGCAGCCUCGCGCAGUUCGAGGAGGGCAGCGAUAUCGCCCGGAAAUCCUUCAAGAAGCAGAUGAGGAGGAGCAUCAAACGACGGGUCGGGGACGAGACGAGCUUGAAGCAAGUUUUGACGAGAAAGGGGGAGGAGACAAAGGACAAUGUUGUCGAAAGUCCAAAGCCCAAUGAGAUGAAUGAUAUAGCGUCAGGUUUUCCACAAGUCUGUGUGGUGGUAGAACCUCCUUCGCCGUCGCAUAGCGAUGAGAAAAACAGCUUAAAGAACUUCCCGAGUCGCAUGGCGUCGGUUCUCAGUGAUAUCUACGAUCAUAACACGGAUACGCUAAGCGUUAGUACGCCGGAACCGACUUUCGGCGGCCGAGAGCGAAGACAAUCAGAUAAUCCGAAGCUACUGGGAUCCGAUCCGGAGUACGGCCAGUUUCUGAGUUGUUCCCCCGCAGCCAGCAGACGAAUAUCGUGUGGCAGUCUGUUCAAACCUGGAGAACCUGAUAAGUUAUCAACAUCAGUGUCCUCAAUAUGGGGGGAAGGUGGCACGAUUACCGGCAGUUCCAACAAAUCAGAUACCAGCGAACGCAACAAGAAGCUGCCCAUCAUUAACCCUCUAGUGACGUUACCAGCGUGGCCCCACGUGACUCAGGGUUUCAUCAGCCAAUGCCUUCUCGCCAACGCCGACGCGCUCUGUGCAGCAGUAAGCCCCCUUAUGGAUCCUGAUGAUACGCUCCUAGAAGGAUUCUACGAGAGAGCCGUCAUGAACAACUACUUUGGCAUCGGCAUCGAUGCGAAGAUAACCCUGGACUUCCAUAACAAGAGGGAGGAGCAUCCGGAGAAGUGCAGAUCUAGGGCGCGGAACUACAUGUGGUAUGGAGUUCUCGGGUCCAAAGAGUGGGUGAAUCGGACGUACAGGCACCUGGGUCAACGCGUGCAGCUGGAGUGCGACGGUCAGAGGAUCCCAUUACCGGAACUGCAAGGCAUAGUGGUGCUGAACAUACCCUCCUUCAUGGGCGGCACCAACUUUUGGGGCGGGACCAGAGGCGAUGAUCUGUUCCUGGCACCGUCCUUUGACGAUCGGGUUCUUGAGGUGGUUGCGGUAUUCGGUUCGGCGCAGAUGGCGGCGUCGCGGCUCAUCAACCUGCAGAAACACCGCAUCGCGCAGUGCCGCGCCGUGCAGAUCAACAUACUCGGCUCCGAGGGCGUGCCCGUGCAGGUGGACGGCGAGGCGUGGCUGCAGCCGCCGGGCUGCGUCCGUAUCAUACACAAGAACCGCGCGCAGAUGCUGUGCCGCUCCCGCGCGCUAGAGACCAGCCUCAGGACAUGGGACGAGAAGCAGCAGCAGCGGGUGCAGGCGGGACCGACGCGCGCGCUGUCCCCGCCCGAGGCCGGACACCUGCUCGCCUUGCUCGACGACGUCAACACCAUCGUCAAACACGUGAAGCUGACCUGUAUCAGCGAGAGUAGCACGUCAGCUCGCAUAUCCAACGCGCUGUCUAUCGCGCGGCGCGUGGCGGCGCAGGCGGACGCGCUGCAGGACGCCGAGGGCCGCCUGCUGCCGCCGCCUCAGCUGCGACGACUGCUUGCUACAUUGGUGGAAAGCUGUCACGAGCUGUUGGACACUGGUGCUGGCAGUGCAGGCGGCUUGGCCACCGCAUUGCGAGUUGCACUCGCGCGCUGCGAGCUAAGAGAUGGAUUCGCGUAUAUCAAUGCGGAUGAGGUGCCGAAGAAAGCGGGAAGUCGGUGGUUACGCGGACGCCGAAGCAUGUCGGAAGAGGGAACUGCUGGUACAUCCGCCGCGAAGGUCCGAUCCUGGGGCAUAUCUGAAGUCCAGGCUUGGCUAGAAACUCUCGACCUUGGGGAGUAUUCCGAAGCCUUCGCGCGUCAUGAUGUGACCGGCCGGGAGCUGCUGUCGCUAGCGAGGAGGGACCUUCGAGACCUGGGAAUAACCAAGGUUGGCCACGUCAAAAGGAUUCUCCAGGGGGUGAAAGACCUGCAGUGACGUCGACGCGGCCGCUCCGAGGGGAACGGCCUCGUGUGAAUGGAUAACGGACCAGGGGUAUAGCAGAUACAGAACUUAACGGAAGUAGUUAGAGUUAAGACAGGAGUGACGUCAUCAGUGCAAUGUUACUUUGUAAGUUGAUACGCGUACGUACCGAAAGCCAUUUAGCCACACUCAGCCAUGUAACGAUGACUUAAACGACUACGAAUAUAUAAAAGUAAGUAUUGAGUUUGUGUCAAAAUCGUCAUGAAACUAAAGUUGAGUAAUUUUUAAUAUCUCUGAGUGCAGCGGUACUUCAUUGGCAAAUCAACAUGGCAUUAGCGUCACUAUAAACAUGAUCCACUAAUUUGGUAGUGUUAUCUGCUAUAAAACAGCUUUCUAUACCCCUGGUCGUGUUUAACACUCGAUUUUAAAUGUGGGACGUGUCAGUAAUGGGGUGCUCUACCUUGUUAGUCUUUUGACCAAUUUUCUUUUUCGUUUCUAUCUUAGACGAUUAUAUCUUUUGACGUUCCAGAACGCAUUGUCUCAAGCAAUAUCUGUAUAGUUUUAAAUAAUAGUAUAAGUUACGUGUUAUAUAAAAGCCCCUUUCUAUUUUAAGGCCGUAGAGUUUGCCCGACUUCUGAAUAAAGUUUAAGUUUUUGAGGAAUCUUUUCUCGUAGCCGUAGGUAAAUAUUAUAGGUAAUAUUUUAAAUUCCAAGUUUUAUUAGACUAUUUGCAUUGCUACUUUUGCUUCUAUAUCCAUCGCAUAGAGAAAUUUAAUCCAUCGCCAUAUUUUAACUUACGAUGACAGUUGCUGGCGGCCAUGUUUGUCUUUUUAAAUAUUUCUCUAGUCUAUGACAAUUCUAGUGUUGUACCUGUACAUCGCACAGACAUCGAUAUUCUACCUCUUUCCGAUUUAUGUUCCUCCAAAUCAACGAACUUUUAAAACGUUUCUAUUUUUAAAUCCAACGCAUUAGUAAGAGUUUUACCACAAUAUUUUCGCUAUUAUCAAUAAACUCGCUAAAAUUAUCCUACUCGAACGAAUUUACAUAGAUAUGCAUAAUGUUUAAAGUUUGACAUGUCCAAUUUUACGUAUAGCUUAAUGUACACGUUGUACAAAAAAUAGUUUCUAGUCUCUAUCUUAUUCAAUAAUAAUUUACUAAAUAAGCACCCGAAUUAAUAUUACACGAA